AUGCUCAACCAGCGGCGCGCCCUGCUGGUGUACCUGCGGCGCACGGACUUUGAAUCUUUCUGCUAUGUGAUCCACAAGCUGGGCCUGAAGGACAACAACUACGCGCGGCAGGUGCGGUACGACAAGUACCGCGUCGGCUCGCGGCUCGGGUCACAGGCGGAUCCCAUCAAGCGGUACGGUUCCCGGUGA